CUUGCCAUACAUUCAACCCAAGAAUAAGAAAAACCUUAUCAUAUUUACUUUUAAGAAACUAAAAAUGUUAGCAUCAAUGUCUACUUUAUGCCCUACUUUAGGAUGGGAGUAUCCCAUAGAAUUAGGGACAAAUCAAGCUUUUGAUAACUUUGAUUUCGAUUCUAUAUUUCUUGCUAAUUUUUCAUCAUCUCAAACUCAGGAUAAUCAUCGAGAUAAUCAGGAACUUAAUGAUGAUGUUAAGCAAAGCGAUUCGCCACAAGGUACAAGUUCAACAGAUCAUUAUGAUAAUCCCAUAUUAGCUAAGAAGCUUAAUCAUAAUGCAAGCGAGAGAGAUAGAAGAAAGAAGAUAAACAACAUGUAUUCCUCUCUACGUGCCUUACUUCCUGCAACUCAUCAAAGGAAAAAGCUUAGUAUUCCAGCCACAGUUGGAUGGGUGCUUGAAUAUAUACCUCAACUACAAAAGGAAGUGGACGAUCUAAAUCGUAAAAAGGAACAUAUUUUAUCAACAAUUUCAGUACAAGAUGGAUAUCCAGUGGAAUUUAUUCAAGAGAAAAAACCAAGAAGAAGCACAAUAAAGGAAACGACGUCGUCUUGCACAAUUUCAGUAAAUAGAUUGGGUGAUAAAGAAAUGGUAAUUCAGAUAUCAGCAUUUGAGAGAAUCUCAAUGUCUAAGGUGAUUUUGCUACUCGAGAAGAAUGGUUAUGUUGUUAUUGAUGUUUCUUGUUUCCAAACAUUUGGAGGAACCAGUUUCAACAAUAUUCAUUUGGGGAUGGAAGGAAGCUAUAACGUAAACUUGGAAAAGUUGAAUGGAGUGCUGUUGUCCAUGCUUCAGAAGCAGAUGCAAAUAUGUUCCUAGUACUCAAUGUUAUAUUAUUUCAUAGUUUGUUGAAAUGUAGGAGAGCUUAUCAACAAAAGCUACAAAAGUGAUGUAUUAUAAUUUUUGUAGCAUAUAUUAUAUAAUUUAUAGAUUCAUCACUAUAAAUGUCAAUAUAUAACAAAGUA